AGCUCCUGUCAGAACAGCACUAGACUCCGCACGAAGUGGAAGCAACUGGACAGUCAGUGAGUGUUUCUUCUCUAUUUUCCCAUAUCGUAUAUUAAGAUAUAAUCCGGAAGAGCAUUGGGAAACCACUGAGUAGAACAAAACAUCAUGAGGCCGUUUUUCUUUUUUGGAGUAAUAGCCAUCCUGUUGAUCUAUCAGGAAACGACACGAGCUCAGAUUUCAGAAGGUGAGCUCACAGACACCCCUUUUUUUAGCAGGGACUGCCUGGCAGCACUUCACCGCCAGAUCGUCAUACAUUUCGAUUCAUCGAUUCUAUACCUGAAGUUCGCCGCCUACUUUGCCCAGGAAACGAUCGACUUGCCCGGUUUCGAAAAGUUCUUCUUCCAUGCCGCCGAUGAGGAGCGCGAGAAAGGCAUCCAGUUGAUCGAAUAUGCUCUGCUCCGUAAUCUGGAUCCCAUGGACACGAACAACUUCAAUUUGAACUAUGUGUACGAAAUGCCACAUGGAUUAAGUGGGGAAAAUGCUCUGCGUGUAGCUAUAGAUCAGCAAAACAAAGUUACGAAGAGACUCAGCGAGCUCAUUAAGGUCUGCAAGGAAGGCAACAGUGACUUCUACUUGGGCAACCACAUGGGCGGUGAUUACCUCUACAUGCAGCACGUGAAACUGCGCGAGUUAGACGAUAGGUUGAACCAGCUGCGCCAGCUUAUGUCCGUCUCGCGUUUUGGUGAAUUCCUGUACGACAAAGACCACAUGUGAAUCACCUACAAAGAAGAACCUACAUCGAAAUCUUUAGACGCAGAUUGAAUGUGAAACAAUGAUUGCUCACUCGUAGUUGAAUUUUCACAGUUAAUCAAAUGAUUAGAAGAAAACAUUAUGUACAAGUAAGCUCGUUUUGAAAACAACAUAAGAAAUAUAGAGAAUCUAAACGCCA